GCUGAAAGGUCUGAAAAUCAGGGUGACAGCAACAGUCAGCUGGCACCGGCAGAACGUUAUUUUUACUACACAAUGGAAAGCGACAACAAAACGACCGAAUAUUUGUAUCCGACUGCUAACGCUGGAAUGCUGAACGGUAGUGUUUUCUGUCGAAACUUAAGCAACGAUAUAUCUCUGUUGGACGCAAACGGAUCCAAAUGGGACAGGCCAGGUGGAAUGGGUUCGACUCCUGUGAUCAUCGCAAUUAUCAUCACGGCGCUUUAUUCCAUCGUGUGUGUGGUUGGGCUGAUUGGCAAUGUGCUCGUCAUGUACGUUAUUAUCAGGUAUACCAAAAUGAAGACAGCAACCAACAUUUACAUCUUCAACCUGGCCCUAGCUGAUGCCCUGGCCACCAGCACGCUGCCUUUCCAGAGCGUCAACUACCUGAUGGGCACCUGGCCCUUUGGAGAUGUGCUCUGCAAGAUGGUGAUGUCCAUCGACUACUACAACAUGUUCACCAGCAUCUUCACGCUCACUACCAUGAGCGUGGACCGCUACAUCGCUGUCUGUCACCCCAUCAAAGCCCUGGACUUCCGCACGCCCCGCAAUGCCAAAAUCAUCAACGUGUGCAACUGGAUCCUGUCCUCCGCCAUUGCACUCCCCGUCAUGAUAAUGGCCACCACAGCCAUAGACGACAACGGCAAUAGCUUCAGCAUGGUUGACUGUACACUCCUCUUCCCCCACCCCUCCUGGUACUGGGAGAACUUGCUGAAGAUCUGUGUCUUCAUCUUCGCCUUCAUCAUGCCCGUCCUCAUCAUCACCGUGUGCUACGGACUGAUGAUUCUACGCCUUAAGAGCGUGCGCAUGCUGUCUGGCUCUAAGGAGAAGGACCGCAACCUGCGACGCAUCACCCGCAUGGUGCUGGUGGUGGUGGCUGUCUUCAUUGUCUGCUGGACACCCAUCCACAUCUUUGUCAUCAUCAAGGCCCUGGUCACUGUCCCCGGAUCACUGCUCCAGUCAGUCACCUGGCAUUUCUGCAUCGCCCUGGGCUACACCAACAGCUGCCUCAACCCUGUUCUCUACGCCUUCCUGGAUGAGAACUUCAAGCGCUGCUUCCGAGAGUUCUGCUUUACCACAGCCUCAAGCCUCGACCUCCAGAGCUCCACGCGCACCCGAAAUCUACUCCGGGACCGCAACUCCAGUGGCCUCACAGUGGAUCGGAGCAACCACCAGGUAUGACUAGCACGGGAUAUGUCCUCUUUGGACUCCUGCUGCCGGCCUAUCAGUGACAUGAGCUCCGAAGUCACCCAAGUCACCACGGGGGUCUGACAGACAGCUAUCUGACUGUAGCACAUUGAUGCAAUUGAAAAGCUAUUCUGUCUGCAGUGACUUGGUCUCCGAGAACAACCUGGUUUUGACAGCAGCCUCACU